UUAAUGCUAAGUUUAUUAUAGUCAAAAGAAAUGAGAGGGGGGAGGUACUAUUUUGCGUUCAGAAAAUUUUUCAAUCGACUGAGCAUGAUUAAUAUUUUCCCACCCUUUUUUAUCAUUCACAAUUUGCGUCAGCUUUUACAAGGCGGUAGCAGUAGCUUCUCAUCAGUCUCCAUGUCUAGAGAAUAAUUACAUAAAGUAACUGAGAGGAAAGCCAUUGCACAUGGGAAAGAAGGACUGCAUUUUCCUUAAGUGGAAUUUAGUAUCACUUCACUUCAGCCACACAAACCUCUAAGCCGCCAUGUAAAUAUCUUUACAUUAAUUUGUAAAGGUGAGUUCAUAUUUGUUAAUUAUGUAGAUUAAACUGUUUUUAAGGCUUCAAAACGAUGAUUGUUCCGUACGCUACCCUGGGCACCAGAGCUUCAUAAUUUUGGGAUUGAGUAUUGUAGACAGUUGCAGUGGCAAAGAAUGAGUGGAUGCGAACAUCCACUCAAAGAACAUCAAUUUGUUCUUGCUCAAAGAAUAUCCUUUGACUAGCUUCUGACUUUAUUUCUGAGAAAAAUUAACAGAGACUUUGGUACCCAGGGUAUCCAUAUAGCAUAGCUUCUAUUCCUUAUGCUUGCUAAUAUUGUUAUUUCCUGUAAUAAUUUUCGUUAACAGUGCGCUUGUAAUAACAUCAAGAGCAGACAAUUUAAAAGUGUACAAGAAUGGUCAAGCACCAAGCAACAUUUUAAUGAAAAUGAACAAUGGUGAGUCGCACAGUUGCUAUCAUGAUGAAACGGGUGGUUUUCAAUAGAAAUGGAGAAAGAAUCAAUUCCUAUUAGAGUAAACCCUUUUGGAAAAAAGUCUUUUCUGUGGUUUUACAAAGCUUUUUAAGGUUAUUGAUGAGAACCUUCUGCAGAACUUGUGAAAAUUGCUGAAAAGAUUAUACUUCCUCACGUAGCUAUUACAAGGUCAUCUUCAGUUUUGGGAACAAAUGGUGCAUUCUUAAAUAAACGAAUUGAAAGUAAAGGGGAAUAGAAAAGCACGCCCUUUCUAUUUGAUAUUGCCUGAUAGUUAGGGGAAGAUCAGUACAAAGAAUAUAUAAAAGAGUUACACCAUUUUAGUAAGACGUAGAAUAUUGCUCCUGACAAAAAUACCGAAAUUAUCGUUCAAAAAACAGUGCCUAGAUGUGCCAGCUACUCCUAAUACAACUGCCAUCAAGCAAUUUCUAGACCAGUUUAGAGACGUUAGAGAAGUACAGUUUAGAGACGGUGCUGAAACUAUGACCUUGGAUAUGUUGCAUAGCAUAUACCUCCUUCUCAGAAUUCUCAGCUUGUGCUCCGUUACUAAAUGCUGGAUCCUAAGACUUCCAUGCAAAAAUGAAGGCAGAUUUACAAUAUCCAAAACUGGGUAUAUAUUGGAAAAUCAUUUAUUGAAGAAUCUGACCAUGCCUCUAAAUGAGUGCAAGAAGCAUUGCCUUUUGACGCGGAAAUGCAAAUCGGUCAAUUACAAAGAAACGCAGAGCGAAAACUACUGCCAGCUCAAUAGCGAAACAAUUUCAUCAAAACCGAAUGACGUCAUUCAGAAAACCGACUGGAUUCACUUCGCUACAGACCAAACCAGUCGGCUGAUAGGAUCACAGUGUGAAAAAACGAAUCCAUGCUCUAGUGAGAGUACAUGUAUUGAUCAGUGCGACUGCCCAGGCUAUCAGUGCCUUCCUUGCGAUUCAGUAUACGAAAUGGCAUACAAGUGGUAUUGCCAACGUACAGCUGAACCUAUUGUUGAGGAAUGCCGCAUUAACCCAUGUAGAAACAAAGGGACAUGCUAUAGGUUUGCUUCAGGAAACCAUUGUAUUUGUCCAAGAGGAUACACUGGCCCUCGUUGCGAAACAUUUGUGCCUCAUGUACCAGAAGGAUGGACUUUUGGUGAUGGCAUUGGAGGGAUAGAUAUCCCAAUCAUUGGAACAAAGAGCGGCAGUGGAUGCAUUUCAAGUUGCAUGUAUCAGUUCCCAGAAGCAAACGGAGUCACAGUUGAUUUCAAUACACAGAGCUAUUGUUAUUGUGAAUUUUUUCAAAAUGGGACUGACAAAAAUAGCUUUUGGAUUAACAAGAGAAUCAGAUAAAGUAUAAUGGGAUGUUAAGAAGGGUAAGAACACACAUGUGGAGAUGUGAGAGGACUUGAACCUACUUAUUUUGUCACGUGUUGUUAGAGAGCGGGGAGAGAAAUUGACUGACAGAAGUGGAUAUUUGAGAACAGAAGAAAGAAGAGUUGUUGAUAAAUGAUUGGUAAGGGAGACGUAACGGAAGUUUCGUAGAAGAAGACUUAUGAAAAAGACAAACUAUGUAUAUCGUGUCUUUUUUUGGUUUUCCCUUUAGUUUGUAUUGCUAGAUUCAGGCCGUUUCGAUAUAGUUGCAAAGUAAAUGAAUUACAAGCUGGAAGAGUUGGAUAAUCAGAGGUGUGUUAAUUGAAAGAGGGCCCCAAAGAAUUGAUGAUACCCUUGUAGAUGAUCUAAAGCUAUCCAUCGCCAGUGCACUGAAACUACGUAACAACGAAUGAUUGAUACUAUUUGGAACAAGUAUAUGAUUAAGGCGCUGUUCCUGGGCCUAGAUCUACGAAAGACCCUAAUUCUGAGUUUUCAAGGCAAUAGAAGACGAUUUCAAAAGUUAUGUCUUAACGGAAGAAAUGAUGAUACAGCAGAACUCCCUAUUAGAUAAAUAACCCUUCUUUUUAACAGACUGCAAUACCAUAUAAUUACCUCAAGUAUUUGCCCCUACGGGUCUAAGAAGAUUCUAAGUUUUGCUCAAUGAGGUGUUGGUUCUGCUGAUCUGUCUCUAGCAGCUUUUAUCCAACAAAUCAGGGGCGGAUCCAGGGCAAAUUUGAAGGAGAAGCAGUCGGUAUCAGGGGCGCUGUAAAAUUUUCAAAAAAUGGUGACGAGAGUACGCUGUAUACAACAAUAUCAGAUCUAUUUUCAGAAUAAACAACAUAACUUUGAGGUAAUCCUUGAAGCAUAUUAGCCUAUCGGUCUCAGAAACUAUUUCACCCGAUUCUCAUUCUUCAAAAGGGGUGCAAAAUUUCCAAAAAGGGGUGCCAGACUUGCUUCAACUCGUUGAGGAAGGGGCAACAGCUUCUAGUUGCCCCCCCCCCUCUUAAAUCCGCCACUGUAACAAAUAUUCAAUGACCAUAUUACGAAUUACCAGAAUCAGAACAAUUAUUGUAUAUAGAUAAAUUUUCUUUAUUCGCUUCGAUUACUAACUUUCCUUUUAGAAAAACACCAGAAACAACUGGUGUGGCAAGCGAACUGUUAUUCAAAAGUACCCCUGUACAUCUUUGCACCUCGCUACAUUAUGCUCUCCAGCAAGCCUUCUCCCCAGCACAAUUAUUUUCAGCUAGCCUCCAUCUCAUAAAACUAUGGAUUUUAUUCCUCUGAAAAUCUACAAAAAAUGUGGGGGUUAAGCCUUGUAAAAUUGACAUUUUUCCAUUUAUUCAAAAAUUACUUUCGAUGACUAAGAUGAUUCUGUGUCUGAAUAUUCCUGUAAACAAUAUUCUUAUAAAAGAAAAAGAUUGUAAGGACAAUAAAGCUAAGGUAAUUAUUUCGUUGCUAUUAUUCUGCAAUAGUGUUAAGAAAAGGGGGUUUCAAUCAGUUAAAGAGUGUAGCAUCUAAAUUUCUGUGCAAGGUCUCUGGUCCCCUAUCAACUUCAUAUAUUUCCUUCUGUUGUCGCCCCUGUAUACUCACAACAUGGGUUUUCAAAAUCAGCAUUAUCAUCAUCAUCAACUUAUUCACAGUUGUUAACAUUAUACCUUUUUGAAAAAUCCCAAUUUUCACAGAUUAUUUACAAUAAAUGUGUGAAUAAAUAAAAAAUCCCAAUAGCUGUCUUCUCGACGGACUCAAAGGAGUUCUGCUCUGAUGAAGCCCCGUAUGCGGGGGCGAAAUAUUAGCCUUCAUUGAUUUACGUGUAUUUAUUGUUGUUCAUUCUCGUCGCAUUGCGGUGUUUGUUAUUUGCUAUAUUUACAAUAAACCUAGUAUUUAUAUAUGUAUCAACUACUGAUAAAAGGAAUACGUACGUCUCUCUACAAAUUAUACGGAGGCAACAGGCUCCAUCCCAAGUCUUCAUGUAAAAGCUGCAACAGACUUUAGGUUCUUUGUAUCAUAAUUUAGGGUUUUCCACAGCGUUUUCCCUCUAAUUCAUAGGGAAUUUAUUCCAUGUCUUACUGUGUGCGACCUCUGAGGAAGUUUGCAUAAAACUUGCUUACAUAAGUUAUAGGUUGUAGUCUAUGUAUUUGGAAAUUCCCUUUAGAGAUAUGAGGGGUUUGGGUGCUGAAGCGUUUUGCAAACAUCUAAUAGCAGUUUCUGUAGGUUUUUUUACGUGAAUUGUAACAUCUUCAUGUCUCGAUAGAAGCUCUUCCAAAGUGGAUUCAAAAUCCUGAUUCAAAAUCAUUAAAGCACGUUUAGCCCUUAAUGUACUCGAUUGAUGUUAUUGUUCGCAGAUUUUGCUAUAGCAUAGCCAGAUCAGAAGGCGGUAGUUGAAUUUUGACUUCAUAAAUAUAUUUGCUUCGUUAUUGUUAAUAUAAUUUGACAAUCUAGAGAAUGCUUUCACCUUGUGCUAACUUUCAUGCAGAAAUCCUCUUCGUGUUGGCAAAAGUUGUUAUCAAUAAGCUUUUUAUCGAUAGUAACUCUUUGUAACUUCACUUUGUCACUAGCACGUGUUCAGUUUCUUUCAUACCUAGAAACAUCAAUUGGAAUUUUCCCGGGUUUGCAACCAUAUUAUUUCUAAGAUCGUAAUCAAGUUUUGAAACGACUGAUUCAAAAGAAUGGCCACACGCCACAAGCAUAUAGCGUGUUAUCGUCUGCAAAGUUACAUAAAUCUUACUAAAGAUUGAUAAGAAAUAAGUCAUUGACAAAUACAUUAAAAUCCACAGAAGUCAGAUCUUCCCAUACAUUUAUGUUUGGACACUUGCCCAUUCGACACUUUGUCAAUUGAACACUUUGCCCAUUGGACACCUGCUCAUUGCUGAUUUUUAAAACCAAUUUUGCACGUCCAGACUUCCUUUCAGUAAAUGCUAAAAAGAAGAAUGUUCCAAGAUCCAUGCUUUUAAUAUAGAAUACGCAGAUCAAAAAAUGAUUUCCAUUUCAUACUAUUUAAAAUUACCCAGCUAAAAUGCCAUUUAGUGACAUUUUAGCAAAUGUAUUUCAAAACGAUGAAAUAUUUUGCUUUACAGUUUUCUCCAAUUUGAUGACCACUUUGAAUAAUACAA